AUUUGCGCCGGCAGAGGUCCUCUCAUACCCUUCACAGUGAGAAGGUGGUGGACGUGAUCUGUGUGUCCGCUGUAACUCACAGUGCUGUCAUCAAACAUGUACUAUAAAGUAAGCGGAGUUACCGGGAAAUUAACGGGAGCCACCGCAGCGUCCGCUUAUAGCCCUCAGGGGCUGAAGCCCACGGUGCCCUCUCAACCUCCUCCCAUGGUUUUUGCCUCACCAACUAAGGUGGUUUCAGAGGCAGGGCCAGCAGUUCACUACAUGGGAAUAAACAAAGUCCCUGAGCUGCAGAAGAUCUUCCAGAAAGCUGAUGGAGCACCGGUUCACCUAAAGCGUGGAGUCAUGGACAAAAUGCUGUAUAGGACCACAAUGGGCUUGACGAUCGGUGGCACCCUCUACUGUUUAAUGGCCCUGUACGUCGCUGCCCAGCCCCGGAAACCGCAGUGACCUGCUCUUUCUGUGCCCUGCAUAAUUAAAUACAUUAAAAUCAUCAUGAGAAGGACUGAUGACAUGGACUAUUGUCAUUCUGCCCUCAACGACAGUCACAGAAUCGCAUUAUUACUCCAAUGCUUAUUUAUAACUGCGAUAUUUUGUGUAACCAAUCCCCACUGAGUAUAAAAGUACAUCUAUUCUAACUGUCAUUUUACCAGUCCGAAAACCAAACUUUCUGAUGAGUUUGCUGGGUAUGAUGGGGUCGUUAUUACAUGUAUACAAUCAAGAGUGUUGUUUUGGAUUUCAAAUCAUUACUUUACCCUCUCAAAGGGACAUCUAACUGGUUCCUCCUAUACGCCAGUUUCUCAGUCUUAUGGGCAGUAAUUUACCUUGAUGGUCUAAUUUGUAACACCUUGGGGGAAAUAAAUAGUUGAACUCUCAUGAAUUGAACUCUCAUGGACCAGCAAUCCACAGCAGGUUUUGGUCUUGCCUUUCAUCCUAUUUUCAUACUCAUCGUGACUUUAUCACACACUGCUCAGAUAUACUGACCUAUUUGAAUCCCCUCAUAUCUGUUGACUAAUGACAGUGAAUAGCCUAUUUGUCUGUAAAAGAAGUCCUUGUAGUUUGUAUUUAGGAGAAUAAAUAUAUUUUGUUUGUAAAAAGUGAAAAAACAGUCUCUCUUCUGUGUUGACCUGUUACAGUCCUUAUGGUAGAUGUUGUUUUCGUGUUUUUCUGCAUCUGAGCCGAGAGCAAACAACAUCCUUGUAGUCUUGGAUUCAAUGUCGCCAUACAGGAAAUGAGUCUGAUGGGACUGUGCGUAUUAGUGGUAAUAAAAACAUAAAAGCAUUUCAACAGUCUGAAGCAUAAUUCAUUGAUAUUAGAUUAGGUCCCUGGAUAUAAGAUUAUCAGUCACAUUUAGAUGCAUGUUUGUGUCAUGGGAGUGGAGAAUUAACAUUAUAUUGAUGCUUGACAUUUGAUAGUGUCAUGUCUUAUGACGCAGUACUUGCAUAAUGCCUACAAUAGAUUUGUGUUUGUGGAAUUGAA